UUGGGCGCAUUCGCCUCAUUCUGGGUGUCUGUUGGCUGAACAUAGAGAAUACAGGCAGGAAGUGGACAUUCUUGGACUCCAGUUGAAGAGGGAAGAGCGUCUAACAACCCGAGUAAGGCAUGGGCAGUAGUACACACCCCCUUACACACCCCCUAUCUGUGUGAGCGGAGAGAGUGGAUGGGAGCGAGAGAGAUGGAAUGUGAGAAAGAGAGAGCGAGAGACAGGAAGUUCACACAUCUGAUUACUUUUCUCUGGCCACUUCACCCAAGUGACACAAUGACUUAUGGCUGGAGUUUCAACACUUAGAUACACAGACACACUCACACGCGCACACAGGAAAGACGGAGAAGAUCGUCUGUAAACUAAAGACACACAGUUUAGAACUAUGAACCUCCACGCUUUGUUCAACCACUGAAGCUAAACAUGCUGGACAGCCACUUCUGAAGCAUCUCAACUCAUAGAGUUCCCAGUUGGCUUGAAAGCACCAUAAAUCCAGAGGAUGCCAGACUUUGAUGACAACGUUUCAUUACAAAAUUUGCCCACAAGAAGGACUGCCAGCGCAACAUUCCUGUUCAGAAUGACACCAAACGCCACCCUUCCAUUCGUCCUCGUCACCUCAGCCACCCGAGAUGACAAAGCCAAGGUGGUGGACAUCGAGGCCAUCAUGAACAACUUAAUCAUUGUCCUUUACACGCUGACCAUUGUAUUGGGCACCACGGGCAACUCUGUAGUCAUCUGGGUGGCAGGCUUCAAGCUCAAGCCCACCGUCACCAAUGUGUGGCUGGUCAACCUGGCCGUGGCCGACCUCAUCUUCUGCCUGAGCCGUGUGCUCUCGCUGACCAAGAAGCUCUUCUUCGACUACUGGCCGUUCGGCAUCUUUUUAUGCAAGUUCAACGGCUUCUUCAAGUAUGCCAACAUGUUCUGCAGUGUGUUCCUGCUCGCUGUAAUCAGCAUGGACCGGACGCUCUGCGUCUGGCACCCCGUCUUUACCAAACGGCGUAGGACGAUCUGCGCCGCCCGCCUGGUGAGUGCCGGCGUGUGGUCGGUGGCGGCCAUUUUGAGCGCCCCCUACUUCGCCUACCGCCAGGUUUACCUCGGCAAGAACAACCUGAGCAAGUGCUCGCUAGAUGUCAAGGAGUCAACGAAAGGCGAUAACAGCGCUAAGCUAGCGCUCUACCUAAUGCGCUUCCUAUGCGGUUUCCUGCUUCCUUUCCUCAUCAUCCUCUGCUGCUACAUCCUGGCAGGGCUAGGCAUCCGACGUACCCGCCUAUUGGGCAAGUCACGUCCCCUCCGUAUCCUGGCAUCGCUGGUCUGUGCUUUCUUCCUGUGCUGGGCGCCCUACCACUGUCUCCUACUGGUCAAGAUGGUGAAGAGCAACAGUAUGGUGGUGAAGGUGGGGCUGACAGGGGCCACAGGCUUUGCCUACUUCAACAGUUGUGUGAACCCGCUGCUGUACUUCUGUAUGGGGUUGGACAUGAGAGGGUCAAGGUUCAGGCAGAGCUUAGCGGGGGUGUACCGGAGAGCACUAGCCGAUGACAGAGAUGGUCGAAACACGCAGUCCAACGAGCGCACAGUGGAUGAGAGUUCUGGCUCUGCAUCACGACUUGCAAUGGUGAAUGUGGCCAAUGUCAGUUUCGAGUGAAUGUGGCCAAAGUCUGUGGGAAGUCGCAUUUGGUAUGAGGAGGAGUUCCUGUCCUUAUUAGAUCACAGGCUAAUUAACAGUGAAUAGCUGAAUAGCUUGUGUAGACAAACAUUUUUCAUAUUUUUUAUCAGUUCGGAUACAUAUAGACAUAGGGUAACUGUGAAUUUAUGUAAAUGCCUCAGGAAAUAAUUAUCACACUUUCGAAGUGUUAUGUGAUGAAAAUCACAGAAAGAAAGUGGAACUGUGCCUGGAAAAUAGAAAAUAACCUAUCAGGAGGAAGUGAUAAAACUUCUGGGGAAAGUCAUAGAUGACUUCAAUCAUGCUGUUUUACUAAGUGUACGUGGCAAAUAUUCUUAUACAGGUACUUACCGGUGUAAACUACAACAUUAUCCCAAUUUGAUAUGUUGCUUAAGGGACAGCUCACAAUUUACUGGGGGGUGGUCCAAAAUAGGGGAGGGUUGUCAAACUUUGUCUUUGUUGCUUUGUGGUGGGUUGUGUGUUUUUUUUAUUGAGCACAGGCCAGUAUAGUCUACCAGUCUAACGGUCUAUCCAGCAUUCAUAGUGAUAAUAGUGGUAGAUGGGUCAUUUGUCCAGAUCUGCAAUAGGCUAACUAACAAUCACACCUCACAUAAAACCAUUCAAAACUGCACCUCAUUCACUCUCAUUGAUGAUUAAAAGGCUGGUCUGGCCCCCCAAUGGUGGAACAAACUCCCUCACGACGCCAGGACAGCGGAGUCAAUCACCACCUUCCGGAGACACCUGAAACCCCACCUCUUUCAGGAAUACCUAGGAUAGGAUAAAGUAAUCCUUCUCACCCCCCCCCUUAAAAGAUUUAGAUGCACUAUUGUAAAGUGGCUGUUCCACUGGAUGUCUUAAGGUGAACGCACCAAUUUGUAAGUCGCUCUGGAUAAGAGCGUCUGCUAAAUGACUUAAAUGUAAAUGUAAAAGGGGGGGAAAUAAAGUUGAGAGAAAAUAGGAAGAAAGGUGAAAGGGAGUCAGAAGAAGAGGAUGUGAUCUGGACAACUUGACUUGAGGAAGCGUGGUGGUCGCUUGUUUCUCUUAGUCACCACAUUGCUCCUCCUAGACAGACGGUUUCUAUCAUGUCUCAGUCACAUGACUGGGCUCUCCUUCAGACAAACUGUAUCAGAGGUGAACAGAGGCUUAGCUGAAGCUCUGUGGUUGCCAGUUCAGAUAAGACACCACACUCGCAGCGGAAGAGAAAUGAAAACCCCAAUUCAACUCAACUCAAGCUCCCUCCCUCCUUCCCUGUCUCUCUUUCUCUCUCUCUCUCUCUUCUCCUCCGCCCGCUCUCUGAUUAUAUUUUUCAGAAAUAAAAAGUAUGAAAGAGACAAUUCAGCUGACAUCUAUUUAUCUUUUGAUAAAUAUUCUCAAUGAGAAUCAAAACUGUUUUCCUGUAUUGUCUGAAACUGUGUAGCUAGCGUUGUCAUUCAUGAAAGGCCUAAACUUCCAGGAUGCAGAGAAACAGAAAUCCCCCUCAGGACAAUGGAGGAAAGGAACAUACAUGCAUGGGAACAAACAGAACAGACCAGCCAGCCGCACCCUUCUCAUCUUUUUGAUGCUCUGCCCUUUAUCAAUGUAAAAUUAUUUUUUAAAUCAAUGAGAGUUAAACAAAUUGACCAAUUGCCAUCGUCGAGAAGUACCAUGCCAGCUGAUAUCACAUUCUUCAAUCAACAUGUUGACCUAUAGGAAGAGGGAACUCCUACUGUAUUACUGAUUCAUUUGAUUUGUCAUGAGUCAGCAACACACAUCCUCUAUAGUUGCUUUUUCACUGAUCAUAAUUCACAAGGGGGAACAAACAGAGGUUUUCUUCUCUUGCUUUGUUGUCUUCCCUUGCUAGCAAGUUGGCUAAACACUGCUAGCUAGCUAGCCUUUUGAAAUAAUCAGAUUUUUUAUGAAAUAAUGGCAAAUACUUAUACUUUCUGAUGCAACGUACAACAUUAUACCAAUUUAAUAUUCUACUUCAACGUAUUGGCUCCCCUAUCAGCUAAAAAUAGAAUGUCAUAAUUGUUAUGUCAUAACAGGCUUUUUACAUUUUAUUUGUUCUGUUUUUACGUUUCAAAAUGAGGGGAUUCUAAUAAGGCUACAAAUCUUGUCCAGUGCCAACCUGUCAUUCAGGGCAUGGGGGGGUUACAAUUAUUCUUGACUUAAUAAAGCCACAUACAAACAUGGUCUCUUUUUUGUUUUCUUGAGUAAGGCAGCUCCAAAAUGCAGGUGUUUCAGCCAAAUUCAGUGCUAUCUGUGGUGUAGACCCAGCCAGCGGAAAAUACAGAGCGUAGUGGUUGGUCAUUUUCUCUAGUUGCACCGUGAUUGGCUCAGUGUUCUGUCACUCAUGGGGACACGUUGCCAGAAAAUCUACAGGGAGAGUUAAAAAGUUCAAGCAUCCAUGGGUGCUGCCAUAGAUUUACAUUAGAAGUGCCCAUUCAAGAAGCCUCAAGGUCAUUGGCCACAGAUAAAGUGAUGCAGUGGCGACUCGUCAUUCAGGGCAGGUGGGGCUCAUUUGAGCCUCAAAUUUUUUUUAAAAUAUAUUUAUAUUUUAUAUAUGUUUUUUUAGGGGGGGCUUGCCUGUUUUGCAUGUUAUUUUGGCAUUAAUACAUGUCACAUAUCAGUUUGCAAAUAAUGUAAAAAUUAUUAGUUAAUAAAGCUGCAUACAAACAGGCAGUUCCAAAAUGCAGGCCAGCAGAAAAUCAAAUCAAAUUUUAUUGGUCACAUACACAUGUUUAGCAGAUGUUAUUGCGAGUGUAGCAAAAAUGCUUGUGCCUCUAGUUCCGACAGUGCAGUAAUAUCUAACAAGUAAUCUAACAAUUCCACAAUAACUACCUAAUACACACACAUCUAAGUAAAGGGAUGGAAUAAGAAUAUAUACUGUACAUAUAAGUAUAUGGAUGAGCAAUGACUGAGCUGCAUAGGCAAGAUGUAAUAGAUGGUAUAAACAUACAGUAUAUACAUAUGCGAUGAGUAAUGCAAGAUAUGUAAACAUUAUUAAAGUGUUAUUAUGAAA